AGGAGGAAGAAGAGGAGAAAGAGAAGAAUAACCUAAGAACGACAUAUGACAUUGACCUAAUUCCUGAAGUCAGAAUGCUGCUCAUCUGUCAUGCUCUAGCUGUGGCUGUCAUCCAGAUAUUUAUCUUCUCAGAAAAUCGAGCGUUUGCCAAAAACAUCAAUUUCUACAAUGUGAGGCCUCCCCUCGACCCCACACCAUUUCCAAACAGCUUCAAGUGUUUUACCUGUGAAAAUGCAGGGGAUAAUUACAAUUGCAAUCGAUGGGCAGAAGACAAGUGGUGUCCACAAAACACCCAAUAUUGUUUGACAGUUCAUCACUUCACCAACCAGGGAAGAAGUACCAUCACCAAAAAGUGUGCAUCUAAAAAUGAAUGCCAUUUUGUUGGCUGCCGUCACAGUCAAGAUUCUGAACAUACGGAAUGUAGGUCUUGCUGCGAAGGAAUGAUCUGCAAUGUCGAGUUGCCCACCAACCACUCAAAUGCAGUCUUUGCUGUAAUGCAUGCUCAGAGAACAUCUGGCAGCAGUGCCCCCGUGCCCUCCCUACCAGUAUUUGCCUGGGUCUUCAUGCUUCUGCUGCUACGAUACCACCAUCCCUAGGAGGGAUAGAGACUAGCCCUCGAAAGCACAAGGCAGAAACAGUGUGUGCAGUGAACUUUGGAAUGAAGACCUAUCUUGCACUUGGUGAACAGCACACAUUGGACCCUGAAACAAGCCAGUGGUUUGCACUGAGGAUGGGGACUGUAGGGACUGAGAGGACUGACUGCCUCCCAGGCUUUCAAUCAAAGUAAAAGUUCUACAGGGAAGACCCUGCCAGAAUCUCUGACACUUUACAGUAGCCUAAUAAGUCCUAAAAGACUGAAAGGACCUCUUGACCUCAUGGACUCCCUCAGAGGCUGCUGGAUCAGACUCUCUGGUUUCUAUGAUUCACUCAGAGCAUCUCUGUGAAAUCUAACCCUCCCCCCCUCCAAGAGAAAAGUUUCCCUAAUGUAUCAGUUAGCUUUCUAUUACUAUAACAAUUAUCUGAGAUAAUCAACUUAUAAAAAAGGAAAGGUUUACUUUGGCUGGCAGUUUUGGAGGAUGGCAUCCAUACUAGUUAACCUAGUUAUAUUUGGGUGUGGUGAUGAGAAAGAAGAGCCAGGAUCCUAAAACCCUUUUCAAGAGUAUUCCCUCAUUGACCUAAAACCUCCCAGUAGUCCCUGCCACUGAACGGCUCUCCUACCUUCUAAUAGCACCACAGAUUGGAAACAAAGCCUUUAACACAUGGGUUUUUCAGGGGACACUCAGACUCCAGGCUAUAGCACUCCUGAGCAUAGUCGACAGGAAAAGCAACUGUAAAAAGAAAACUUCCAGUUGAAAUAAUAUGGAAUUUAUUUGCCACUUGUGAGGGGAAUGGGUGGGGGAAUAAAGCUGUGGAUUAUGCAAGUAAAUGCAUGCUGUGUAUUUGUUGACUGACACAAAGGUCUCUGAUGAAACGUUUACCAGAGUCACUGAACUUGUGUUUCCACAUACUGUGGGUGAUACAUGCUAGAUUUAAAAAUAAACUUUCCUUCUAACGUG